AUGUUCUUCAAUUGGCUUCGCGCUGAGAGAAUUGCGUCUAUACUUGGCGCAGUUAACCCCAAGGAUAGCACCCAGACAAGCGUUGAGCCUGCGGAAAUUUUCACUGAACACCCUUUAACGACUCUAGAGGUGCGGGAACUGCACCAAGUGGGUCAGUGUGUGGCUUUACACAGAUGGUUCGCAGAGUCUGGUGGCAUGGCCACGGUAAGCGGAUGUCUCGGCGACAACCUGCCCCGUUAA